AAUCCGUUGGCGUUGACAUGAGAGUAUAAAGCGACAGAAAGCAUCUUUUGGAUUGACGCCUUGAUCGAUUGCAUAGACGACUUCCUCUCUUUUUGACAUGUCCGAAAAGUCUAACAUACAGGAACCACUCGUGCAAGCUAUCCGAGUCCCCUCUGCCGAAACCACCGAGUCCCCACUACCGAUUAGAGAGGCCUUUCCCGAGUCGGCAUGUCCCGAAACGUCGACAGCUUCCCCACCUCUUGCUGUGGACAUGUCUCCACCUGUAAUCAAAGAAGCACUAAUACCGCUUCCAGUCAGCCCUGCGUCAAGUUCUGUCACGCUUAAAGAAUGCAAGUCCGGCAUAACCGAGAAACAAGAGAAUGGCUUCCUUCGACGUUGGCAGCAAUGGGACUGGCUUCAGGAUUGCUGGAAAUCCUACGAAUACAUCGAAGAGACUCCCCGUGUGGCCACCCGAGAGCCUAAUUGUUUCUACCUAAAUGUUCGGCGGAGGACAGAUAAAGAUAAACCAAAACUGGUUUUCAGUGAUUUUAGUCCGGUUUUGCUCGCCUGCUUACGCUCUAUUGUGGGGGGCGAAUGCUUGAGCACACAUCCACAAGUUCCCAUCGACGAGUUGCUUUUGGAGCUAGAUGUGUUGGACACUCGCACCAAUGACGCACGUACGGCUUUGCUGGAAGAAAACAACGAAGAUGGCGUUGUGCAAAGUGCGAAAGCGCUCGGGCAUGCACAUGAGGGUCUACAUGAUGGUGACGCGCGCACGUAUCUUACGGCCGCAGUCCAGCAGCUUGGAACCCUCCUACUCUUGCUUAAAGAAGAAUUCAAACCAGUAGCUGAACGAUUGAAACACGCAAUAGUACACGGUCGCAUACCGCGCGAUCUGCUGGAGUUCUACUUCCGGAAGGAUCAGAAGUACUACUACUGCGACGACAAUGAUGAUUUUGAUGCAUUCCGCUUGACUUCAACUUAUUACGAUGACUUUGACCAAACAUUCACCCUUAACGGCGAGGGUGCAUUCUGGAAUGGAGCCAAAUGGACUGCACUCGAGCGAGGUCGGAUGGUUAAACUGGCUGAGGGGUCAUUGAUCUUGUCUGAUUUCCGAACCACCAAGGUAACGCCCGAGAUAUGCACACGGCUUACAGAGCGCGGCAGAAAGUACGCCUCAUUAGCAGGGGUCCAUCACAGACUUCACAGAGGACGACGGAUCAUGGUUGACCGCUUAGGCUGGAACACGUUCGGCUACAACCAUACAGAUGACACCCCUUUCCCUUUCCCCCUUCUCCGGGACAGAAGCAAGGCCCGAGAUGACGAUGUCUUACCCGUACCCGAAGCUGAUAUUGAUCUUCUCCCACGAUUCAUGCCAGGUUUUGAUCUGGAACGCAAGUCGUGGGGCUUAUUCGAUGUUGAUGAAGUCGAGCCAAUAAAAUUCAAUGAAAGUGCCUGGAAGCACAUUGUGCUCGACGAAAGCUCAAAGGAUGCUAUCGAAGGAGUUGUGGGUUCAUUCGACUUCAGCAAGGAGGCCACGACGGAUGAAGAACAAACGGGCUUGGUCAUACUUCUGCACGGACCAUCAGGGACCGGCAAAACUGCCACGGUUGAAGCUAUCGCGGAACAUUUCAGGCGGCCUUUGUAUUCCCUUGCAGUCUGUUCCCUUCCGUUGGACACGACCUUGCUUGUGGACACGUUGACAUCACGUUUGGAUGCAGCGAGGACAUGGAAUGCCAUAGUAUUGAUUGAAGCUGGAGAUAUUCUUAUGCAGACUCAGAGGCUCGAGCCUAUAAUGGAGGAACAUAUUCGCAUCUCAACGACACUCGAGUUCUUUGAGCAGCACCGGUGCCUUGUAUUUGUCACUGCCAGAACUACAUGUACCGCAUACAUGUCCCAUUUUGCUAUGACUAUCCAGUAUCCUGAAUUAGAUGCUGACUCCCGUCAAGUUAUGUGGUCCAAUAUGCUCUCAGGGGAAGAAAGUAAUAUAUCUCGCCGAGAUAUCGAGGAGCUAUCCAGAGUUGCGGUCAAUGGUCGGGCAAUGAAGAACAUUCACAAGACGGCCAAAGCACUCGCACGCUCUAGUAAACAACCUCUAUCUCUAUGCCAUUUGAAGACUGCUGCCAAGACACAAGGACAGGUAGAAGGUGCAGGAUAUCAUCUUUACUGGUGACCUGGCCCAGAGGCGUUUAAGAUACCCUUUAAUUGCAAGAACAUCUUUAGAUGGACAAUGUAUGUAGACUCUGUAAACACACAUAUCGCUGUGCGGUUUUCUUGGAUUUUUAGAUGUAGAAAGUACGAUUGCUAGUGAUCA